CUUCAAGAUACCUAUAACAGCGCAGUUCUGCAAUCUCUCAUCUCAUCAACUAAUUAACCAUCUAGGUACCGUGUUAAGUGUUAACAGAGGACGCCACGAGUGAAAAUGAUAACGAGCUGCCUAUGGAAAGCUUCAGCCUGAGAUAUGAGGUGCUUGGCCCUUAGCGCCCAAUGACGCCAUCGUGGUCCAGCCGCCUCCCUUCCCGCGAGAAGCACCGCAAGUCUCGGCUCGGGAUGCGAUGUGAGCAUGGCCCCUCCGCCAGCCACCCCAACACCGCACCGCUUUCUUGUGCCAAAGCGUUCGCAGUCUCGUAGCGAGACGCCUCAUGUGGCCUUUCAGCCGAGCAGCCAGCAGUUCCAGGCUACGCCGCGGUUCUCGCUGCACUCAACGCCGCACAAAGGACCAUCGUCAUCUAUCACGCCAUUCCGGCAUCGCGGCACGGGGCAUGAUGUUGUUAUUGACAGCUCACCGCCACCUGUGCCGAGGCAAGAUCAUGUCAGCUACGACGAAGCUGAUGACGAUGGUGACUAUGUCGGGCUAGACGAUGAAUAUCAGCGCAACCGCACUGGAUUCCAGCAAGACACUAUAAUUGACGAAGAUGAUGUGGUACAUCAGUCCUCGCCCCUGGAACGAGGAAGUGACUGUGAAGCCUAUGACAUGAACGAAGAGAGAGACGCCAAACGCAGACGUAUCUCUAUAUCCUCUCCCGACAUUGGGAUCCAAGAACCAUCGACUUUCCUCCUCAAAACCGAAGACAUAUUAGAUGUCGACAUGCAAGAUACAGCCUCAGCCGUCGAGUCUCUCAGGUCGGAACCUACAAUCUCGGAAAACGACGAAGAAUCAGAUGUAGCAGUCAUUCAAGACGCCGCCGAGGGCACCGAAGACAGCUCUCCCUGCCGUGGAGAGAAACUGCUCGUUAAAGCACAUCGACCCACGUUUCAGAAACCGCCGCGCUUCAAGCCCGCUGAGCUACCAGGAGGCGCCCCGCGUCCGGAGCCCUUGCCCGAUGUCUUCUCGCCACAGCGCAAAGGCGCAAAGUACGUUGCAGGGGGACUGGCGGCUGAGCUACGUGAUUGGCUUGUUGAUGUUGAGGCAGGGUUUGGCUCUUCCUCGAUAGCGAAUACUACUGCGCGCGACGAAGAGUGGGUUGCCAGAAUUCAAGUUGAUGAUACAAGUGAUACAAGUCCAAACGCACGGGGUAUGACGCUUGUUCAAGGCAGGCAGAUACUGAGUAAUAAGGUCGAUGCUAACAAUAACAGUCAAGCUGAGGGUAGAAACGAAGAGGCAGGGGAUGUCCUGGGACACAGUAUCUUCAAGCUGAUACUUGCAGGCCCAGGCCGAUUGAGCGGUCUUGGUAUUGGGAAUGAUGUGCGACCUGGAGUCGUUAUCGGUAUUGCUCGACCUACUUGGGAGGUUGUACUAGAUGGCCUUGGACGCUGGGGAGUUGCUUGCGAUUGGGUUGUGCUGCGCUAGGGAUGCGACUGUCUGUAAGACACGCUCGCACUGAGCUACAGUAUGGUCCAAAAAUCUCGUUCACAUAACACCCAUCUAAACAAGGUAGUCACAUGUAUAUAAGUAUCCCCUUCAUCUAGUAGAUAUUUGUUGUGUACGCUACAACAAGGUUGUUACCUCGACCCCUA